GACCGGAAACAGCAAAGUUCAUCCGACAUCACGCGGCAGAGAUAAGCCCGAUGGGAAACGUAGUUUGAAUUACCUCUUACCCAAAAUGCAAUAGUCUACGGAAAAUGUCAGGCGGGCAAAAGAAAAACAGCACCAGGCGAUAAGUCCUAUAUUUAACAAUUAGCCGCUUUAAAUUCUAAAAAGGAAUACUUACAUUUAAAUACAACUGACAACUUGGACCGACAUUUUUUUAGUUUGAUCUUCGUCAAGACAAAACUAAAGGUUUUAGUUUUAUUUAAGGCUAACUAGCCUGCUAGCUGUGAUGUAAAGCUCGUGCUGAAAACGGCUAAGUCCAAAUAACGUGUUGGGGAUAAAUGUGCGCCUUUUGAAAUAAAAUGUCGGGCUUCAAUUUUAGUUCGGGGACUCUUGGAGCCACAAACAUGGGCGGUGGCUUCACUUUUGGAGCAACAACAAGUGCCCCUGCAGCCAGCACUGGUGGCUUCUCUUUUGGAAGUGCACUAGGAACUGCAGCUGCGACCCCAGCCUCCACCACCAGCACGACACAGCCUCUUGGCCUGGGAGGAAGUCUCUUUGGCCAGAAACCUACAUUAGGGUUCUCUUUUAACACACCUGCCUCAAGUGCCACAGCCACAACACAAGCUGCUACAGGCUUUAGCUUGCCGUUCAACAAGCCUACUGCAUCUGCAACACCAUUUUCCCUCACUGCGACCGCAACCACCUCAUCAGCGCCCGCUGGUGCAGGUUUAUCAUUUGGCUCCAUCCUUACAUCUACCGCCCCACAGCAGCCUGCUGCCACAUCCUUCACUCUUGGUCUUGGUGCAACAACAACCACAACAGCAGCAUCAACUGUCCCUUCACUGGGUGGGGGUCUUUUCUCCAACACUGCUUCUACAGGGCUCGGUCAGACCACACUCGGAGGAGGUGCAGGGUUAACAUUUGGUUCCCUAUUGGCUCCAUCCACGACAGUUUCAGCUGCUCUGGCCCCUAGUGUUGGCCUUGGUGGAGUGGACUUCAGCACUUCUUCAGAAAAUAAGAGUGACUCAUCAUCUGGGGCGAAUGCACAGGACAGUAAAGCUUUGAAAGAUGAAAACCUGCCUCCCAUCAUUUGUCAAGAUGUAGAGAAUUUUCAAAAAUUUGUAAAAGAGCAGAAACAGGUUCAAGAAGACAUCAGCAGGAUGUCGUCUAAGGCUAUUUGUAAAGUCCAGGAGGACAUCAAGAAUCUGAAACAGCUCCUUUCUGUCAGUGCCAGUGGGCUGCAGCGCCAAGCUCUGGGUAUCGACAAACUCAAACUGGAAACUGCACAGGAGCUGAAAAAUGCUGACAUAGCACUGCGAACACAAAAGACUCCCCCUGGACUUCAACAUGAAAACACUGCUCCAUCUGACUACUUUCGCAGUCUAGUGGAGCAGUUUGAGGUGCAGCUGCAGCAGUACCGCCAGCAAAUAGAAGAGCUGGAAAAUCACCUGACGACACAGAGCACCGGUUCCCACAUUACACCUCAGGACUUAACCAUGGCCAUGCAGAAGUUGUACCAGACAUUUGUUGCUCAGGCUGCACAACUCCAGUCUGUUCAUGAAAACGUCAAGAUUUUAAAGCACCAGUACCUCUCUUAUCGUCGGGCCUUCCUCGAAGACUCCACUGACAUCUUUGAGUCCAAACGAGCGUCCAACAGGAAGUGGCAGAGCACGCCACGAGUCACAACAGGGCCUGCCCCUUUCUCCAGUGUGCCCAACGCUGCAGCAGUUGCCAUGGCAGCCACGUUGACCCAGCAACAGCAGCCAAAUCCAGGGACGCAGGCACCCUUGGGAUCAGGUUUUGGAAACCCUUUUGCCACAGCAGUGGGCAGUAGCCUGGGCUCUUCCACCCUUGGAGGUUUUGGUGGUGGGCCUGGAUUUGGUGGUGUGGGCACUGGGGGUUCUUUUGCAUUCUCCACCAAUAAGCCCACAGGGGGCAGUCUGAGUGCAGGCUUCGGUACAACCAGCAGUUCAGGAUUUAACUUCAGUAGUCCUGGUCUCAACCCGUCGGCUGGCCUGACCUUUGGUGUGUCCAACCCUCCUGCUGCUGGCUUUGGCACAGGAGGCCCACUUCAGCUCAAGAAGCCCCCUGCUGGUAACAAAAGAGGAAAGAGAUAGAACUGGAAAAGAAAGGAAAAUCCCUGUGACUGACCAGCUGAGCAUUUUGACAAGUUCGUUGGGCCAGGGCUGACCUCCCAAAAAAUGUGGGAAGGCUAGAUUUGAAAUUGAAGGUGCAAGCCAAGAACAAACAAAACACAGGAUGAAAAAACAAAAAAAUAAACCACAUUGACUAUUUGGCAUCAUCACCCUCUUACAUUGUUUGUAUGGUUCACUGUUAAACAUUGAUGAGUUGCAAAACAGAAUGUAUCAUUUUGAAGCACAAGUUGCUGGUUUUAUGCUCAUACAAGAUUACAAGACUUUUUGGUUUGCCAGCCAAAGACAGGCUUGUUCCUGUUCUGGUCUAUCAACACAAAUUUUAUACAAUACAGCAAUCAUUUAAAAGGCAACUUGGCCAACACUGAGUCCAGGGAAAGGUAGAGAUGAGUUCAUACAAGUGAGGAUGAGGAGCCUCCAGUCCAGAUGUUUCAGUGCUUCUAUCCGAUUAUACAUAGUUUUAUAGGCACAAGAGUUUGUCCAGGGUGGGUUUUUGGGAAGCACAGUCUUAUUUUUAUAGAAGAAGUACAUGAGGGAGGAGGUCACACAUUAGUCCCACAUGACCUGUGUUGUUUUUCUGUUCUCUGUCCUUAUUCAUUAUUGUAUUAUUUACUUUCUAGAAACCAUUUUUGUCUUCGCUCUGUAUAACACAUCCAGACAAGAAACCGUGUUGUAUGUAGUACAUGGCUCUCCUGAGGGCUGUCACUUUUUUUCCAAAAUCUGAAUGUACGUACUAUCAUAAAAAACUCAACUCAGUGCAUCAAACUCCUAGAGUAAUUACCAGUGGACCAAAAGGCACUUGACCUUAGAUCCACUUUCUAUGCCAGGGGUCGAUGCUGUUUUGCUUUCAUUUUAAAGGACCACCCAUCAUUGUGUCAUCUUGAGUGGACAAAAACAGCACCACAACUAGUAUCCUGCACUAUGAGUGAAGUACUAAAGUACUUCCACCUGCAUCACAGAUAAAGCCUGAAAAAAUUCAAUCUAACAUGACUGCUGUAGUAGGCAUUUUACCAGAUGUGUAAAAGUAGACCUUUAAUGAUACAAACACGAGAUGUUUAUGUGGAACCUUCAUGUACUAUUCCUGGAAAAUCGAUUUUGGACAAAUGGUGACAUUCCUUAUCCCCUUUUGAUGUCAUGCUAUCUGAAUCUAAAAGAGCAUAUUCUUCAUGUGCUGCAGCAUAUUUGCACUUGCCAGUGAUUGUGUGAAUGUGCAUGUGUCUCUUUGGUCUGUGAUAGAUUCUCUACUUUUGUGGUUGGGGUCAUUUUGUUUUAUUAAAUUGUCCUUGUCUGUCCAGAUAUCAAACCCUGAUAGUUGUUUUGUUUUCUAAUCACAUCUGUGUAAACGUUAUUUUCAAGAUGCUGUUUAAUAAUAAAAUCUUCUACUUGA